AUGAAGUGCUCGACAGAGGGCGAACUUAAAGAGGAUUCCCUCGCUUCCGGUACACUUCAAAGUUCACAGGGCGGGUUGGUUUACAAUGCCCAGACAAAGGCGAGGCUGUUGAUUGGUUACCAACUUUUGUCUCGAACAGAACCCGCCGACCAUCUGCCCCCAUUCUCCGUCCUCUCAGCGGUCUCUAUACUGCAGCAAUAUGGCCCCUGCGUCCCGCAGCAACAGACACGAGGAGGACUAUUUCGGAAUAAAGACAGAAAGACGAGGAAGCCGCUGGUGGAGAAAAAGAGACGCGCCCGCAUCAAUGAAAGUUUACAGGAGCUGAGGCUACUGCUAGCCGACCCGGAUGUAAGUUCAAAAAUGGAGAAUGCCGAGGUGUUGGAAAUGACCGUGAGGCGCGUGGAAAGUAUCCUGCAAUACAAAGCGAAGGAAGCUGACAGCGUGAACCGCGAGGCUAACGAGCGGUUCGCCGCGGGAUACAUCCAGUGCAUGCAUGAGGUGCACACCUUCGUGUCCAGCUGUCCAGGAAUCGACGCGACCAUCGCCGCCGACCUGCUCAACCACCUCCUGGAGUGCAUGCCUCUGAACGACGAGGAUCGCUUUCAGGAAAUCCUGUCAGAUCUCCUGUCGGACUCUAGUAACUGUGGCACUUGGCCUGGCGAGGCGACGUACGCCGCGUUGUCGCCCGGAGACAGGAGCGUGGUCAGCAGCGGCUCCUCUGUCUUGUCCCCGGCCCCCUCCACCACCUCCAGCGAUGACCUUUGCUCUGACUUGGAUGACACGGACACGGAGCACAGCCGGGUCUCGGUGGACGCCAGCGAACAAGCGCCAAGAGCGCCGACCGUCAAUCUCUCCAAGUCCAUGUGGAGACCUUGGUAGACUAGACAGAUGCUUCUGGAGAUCCCAGCUGAUUCAUGAACAGUAUAUUUUUAGUUUAGAGCUAUAUAAAAAUGCAAUAGUCCAGGAGCACCUUUAUGACAGACCAUGGACAGUUCUACAUAGGAAUAGGGCGGCUGCAACGUUUUAUUUUUUUUUUGUCAUUUGUGACCUUGGA